AUGGCAGAUUACUUUGAGGAAGAGAGUUCUUAUGAAUCAAGCCAAGGCUCCGAUCUUGAUGAAACCGACCAAGCUUGGUCCAAUAAAGAGGAUGGCUGUGAUGGAUCAUGUUCUGAUGGUAACUACUCUAUGUCAGAGUAUGGAGACCACCCUUCUGAAGCAUAUCCUGAACCAGAGCCACCUGAUUACUCACAUGGAGAUACCAGCUACGAAGGAGAGUAUGAAGGAGAAACUGAAUCAAAUAUCAGUUUCAAUAAAGGAGAUGAAUGCCAUGGAGAGCAAACUGAACGUGAGGAUCAUGAAGCUGACCAGGAAUACUCAUGGAAAGAGGAAGCUGAUACUGAAAUCAGUCUAGAGGAAGAACGUGAGCAAGAAGAAGAUUUCUCUGAAACCGGUGAAGUCUAUGGGGAUGUUGAUGGAGGAGAAGUAUGUUCUCAGUCCGGUGAAGCAGAAAAUAAAGAAGAGUCUUAUGCUGAAGAGAGACCAUGGUGUGAUUAA